UAUCUCGGAGAGGAUACACUUGUUGCCUUUUUGAGUAACUUAGGAGUCCCCCUCUCUCUGAAAUUGGUCAGAGUUUUUGCAGGCAGAGUGUUCAUAUCUGGAUAAGAUUAUGAUUGGAACUAUGGAGUUAUACACCAAGGGUGCCAGUGUGUGGGUGCCAGACCCAGAGGCAGUGUGGGUAUCAGCCAAGCUUCUCAAGGACUACAACCUUGGAGACGAGAAUGUACUGCUGCAGAUCAGCGAUGGCAGGGAGGUGCAGUACCCAGUGGUGCCACCCUCUGGCCUCCCCCCUCUGGGGAACCCUGAUAUUCUGGAGGGGGAGAAUGACCUCACUGCUCUCAGCUUCCUACACGAGCCUGCUGUUCUACAUAACCUGAGAGUCCGAUUCCUGGACUACAGCAGCAUCUACACCUACUGUGGGAUUGUGUUGGUGGCCCUCAACCCGUAUGACCAGCUGCCCAUCUAUGGAGAGGAGGUGAUCGAUGCCUACAGUGGGCAGGACAUGGCUGACAUGGAGCCUCACAUCUUUUCUGUGGCAGAAGAGGCCUACCGCACCAUGACCAGGGAGGAGAAGAACCAGUCCAUUAUAAUUAGUGGGGAGUCUGGAGCAGGGAAAACAGUCUCUGCUAAGUUCACCAUGCGCUACUUUGCUGUGGUGGGGGGAGCAGCGCAGCAGACCAGUGUGGAGGAGAGAGUACUGGCCUCCAACCCCAUCAUGGAGUCCAUUGGGAAUGCUAAGACUACCCGCAACGACAACAGUAGCCGGUUUGGGAAGUACAUUGAGAUCGGCUUCGGACGGAAGGGAGAUAUCAUUGGGGCCAACAUGAGGACAUACCUGCUGGAGAAGUCUCGAGUCGUCUUCCAGGCGUCACAGGAGAGAAACUACCACAUCUUCUACCAGCUGUGUGCUUCUAGGGACCUGCCAGAGAUGAGAGUCCUCAAACUGGGUGGUGCUGAAACGUUCCGCUACACAAACCAAGGAGGGGAAGAUUCCAUGCAGAUCCCAGGCACUGAUGAUGUAGUAGAUCUGGAGCGCACUCGCAAUGCAUUCACCAUUCUGGGUGUGCCUCCUGACCAGCAGAUGGAGCUCUUCAGGAUCCUGGCAGCUGUUCUGCACCUGGGCAAUGUCAACAUCCAGGCCAGUGGGAGAGGUGGUGAUCGAAGUUACAUUGAUGGGGAGGACCGUUCCCUGGCGGUGUUCUCCAAGCUGCUGGGGGUGGAGCGGACCCAGAUGGCCCACUGGCUGUGCCACCGCAGGCUGGCAGUAGGGGGAGAGAUGCUGGUCAAGCCCAUGCCUGGUCAACAGUCCCUAGAGGCCCGGGACGCCCUGGCCAAGCAUGUGUACGGUCAGCUGUUCACCUGGACCGUGACCCGGCUCAACUCUGCCCUCCGAGCCCAGAGGGAGCAGCCCAAGUCAUUUAUUGGGGUGCUGGACAUCUAUGGGUUUGAGACCUUUGAAAGGAACAGUUUUGAACAGUUCUGUAUAAAUUACGCCAAUGAGAAAUUGCAGCAGCAAUUCAACAGGCACGUGUUCCAGUUGGAGCAGGAGGAGUAUGUCCGUGAGGAGCUGCCGUGGAGCAGGAUAGAGUUCAGUGAUAACCAGCCGUGCAUCGCUCUCAUCGAGGGGCAGCUGGGCCUGCUCGACUUGCUAGAUGAGGAGUGCAGGAUGCCCAAAGGUUCAGAGGAGAGCUGGGCUAGGAAGCUGUAUGAUCAGCAUCAGAGUAACGACCCCAGUCCACACUUCCGCAAACCUCGCAUGUCCAACACUGCCUUCAUCAUCCUACACUUUGCUGACACGGUGCAAUAUGAAUGUGAUGGGUUUUUAGACAAGAACCGGGACACCGUUUUUGAGGAACCCAUCAACAUCCUAAGAGCCAGUCAGUCUGAGCUGGUGUCUGAGCUGUUCCAGCAGGAGCCAGCAGGGGGCAGUCUGUCCCUGUCAGGGGGGAAGUCCUCUCUGCCCAAUGGGAGUCUACGCUCUGGCCCUGGGAAGAGAGCUCAGCGGGAACACAAACUCACUGUGGGCUUCCAGUUCCGUCAGUCUCUGCAGCUGCUGAUGGACACUCUGAACAGCACCACCCCCCACUACGUCCGCUGCAUUAAGCCCAAUGACCUCAAAGAGCCUUUUGUGUUCGACCCUAAAAGGGCCGUCCAGCAGCUGCGUGCCUGUGGGGUGCUGGAGACCAUACGCAUCAGUGCUGCAGGCUACCCAUCCAGGUGGACCUAUGCAGAGUUCUUCAGCCGGUACCGGGUGCUGCUGCGCGGGGGUGGGGUUCAGACCCAGGAACAGAUCCAGGCGUCGUGCCAGAGGGCCCUGCCGGAGCUCAUUCCAGACCCGGAGCAGUACUGCUUUGGGAAGACCAAGGUGUUCUUCCGUGCGGGGCAGGUGGCUCUGCUGGAAAGGCUGAGGGCGGAGAGGCUGAGGGCAGCCGGGGUGAUCAUCCAGAGCUGGGUCAGAGGCUGGCUGGGCCGCAGGCGAUACAUUAAGACCCGCUGGGCAACACUCACCAUCCAGAGACACACCAGAGGAGCCCUGGCCAGGCGGCUGGCAGACAUUCUGCGCUACACCAAGGCAGCGCUGGUCCUCCAGAAGACGUACCGCAUGGUGGCGAUAAGACAGAUGUUCCUGAUGAUCCGCGAGGCCACCGUCACCAUCCAGGCUUUCACCAGGGGAACGCUGGCACGACGCCAAUACAGACUGGUGGUGGUGGAGCGGGCAGCGGUGUUGCUCCAGUCUGCAGUGCGUGGCUGGCUGGCCCGGCGGGCGUACAGGCAGGUGAGGGCGGCCAUAGUGCUGAUGCAGUGCUGUGUGAGGCGGCGGGCAGCCAGGAGGGAACUGGUGAAGCUGAAAGCCGAGGCUCGGUCGGUGGAGAAGUUCAGAGAACUCAACAAGGGCAUGGAGGUCAAACUGAUGCAGCUGCAGCUCAGGGCCGACCAGAAGGCCAGGGAGAGCGGUGUUCUGAGAGAGACCCUCCAGGUGGAGCGUAAGGCCCACAGCACUGAGCUGGACGCCCUGCGGGGGGCGCUAGUUAAACUGCAGAACCAGCUAGAGACCCAGCACCAGACACAGCAGCCUCAGCCCAGCCCGGCCAUCGCAGAGGAGGAGACAGAGGAGAGGAGGAGGGCAGAGGAGAAAGCAGCCCAGGAGAUCCUACGACUCACACAGGAGGUGCAGGCUCUGCGGGUUGAGAGGGACUGUUUGGGGAAAGAGAAGGAGGAUCUGAGCACUCGUUUGCUGGAGCAGGAGACAGCUCAGGAGAAGUGUGUAGUUCAGGCUGUGGCCCAGGAAGGUAAAGCUCUGACAGCAGAGCUGGAUGAGGAGAGGAGGAAGUACCAGGGUCUGCUCAGAGAGUUCACCAGGCUGGAGCAGAGAUACGAAAACCUACGGGAAAUGAGCAUGCUCACUGAGCACUCUAAGGGCUACAGACGGACAGAUUCAAAUCAAAGCCUGAUCAUGGAGCCCCCGUCCCCAUCUCCGUCCCCGAUGUCACCCCCCUUUUCCGGGCCCCCGACCUUCCCAGUCACACCUUCCUUCUCCAGCCUAUCUGCCUUCCCCUCUCCGGAGGAGGUGAGGAGGGUUAGUGUGACGUCCCCCACCACAGAGAGGAGGGCCUGGCUUGGCUCUGACACACCCAUGGAUACUCUGAUGGAGAAUGUGGGUGUGGCUAAAGACUCAGCUGGGAAGAUGACAGGAGAAGACCUGGGGCACGCCUAUGAUGCUGUACGAGUGGCCAACAAGUUCCUGGAGAACCAGCUGCGUAGCCAGCGCUCUCAGGAGGAGGCGGAGUUGGAGGCUCUGCAGUUGCAGGCUAAACGGACGUGCUCUGAUCCCUCCUCCACUGCAGACCAGCAGUACCUGGUGGAACUGGUGGAAGCCAGGGAGCAGGAGGUCUGCAGACUGAGGAGAGAACUGAAGGAGCUGAGACACACAGUCACACUCCGAAGACUACUGGCACAGACAGGCCCAGUGCUGGCCCAGUGCACAGAGGAUUCCCCUGCACCCCAGGCCAAGGCUGGGACUGUCACUGGGCUACUGGAGUGUAGGAAGAGAGAUGAGGCCAAGCUCAUGAAGACCCUCAUCACAGACGUGAGGGUGGACAGUGCCCUCUCCCUGCCCCCUGGCCUGGCUGCCAGUGUGCUGUUCCUGUGUGUACGCCAGGCAGACUGCAGCGGAGACAAAACCCGUGCCCGCUCCCUCUGCACUGCUGCUGUCACUGCCAUGAAGGGCGCUCUGAAGAAACACUGUAAUGAUGUGGACAUGACAGCACUGUGGCUGAAAGAUGCCUGCCUUCUCACUGACCUACUGACCCAGCACUCCAAACAGGGUGAGGAUUUGGUUCCGUUGACCUCUGACCUGAGUGAGCUAAACCGUGCUCUGAGUGACCUCUGUAUCCAGGCCUAUCAGCAGCUCCUGUCCAUCUCAGAAAGCCGCCUGCAGCCCAUCAUUGUUCCUGCCAUGCUGGAGAGUGAGAUGAUCCCAGGACUGUCUGGGUCGGGGGUGAAGCUGGGGAACUCUAGGAAGCGUGCGGGGUCUGACCCCAGGGCCGGAGAGAGGAAUGCAGGGGAGGCCCCCACUAUGGCUGCAGUGCUGAGGGAGCUGGGUGCCCUCCACACGGCCCUGUCCCGCCAGGCCCUGCCACCCACCCUGAUGGAGCAGGCCUUCCGCCAGCUCACCUACCUCCUCUCUGCCUCUGCCCUCAACAGCCUGUUGCUACGCAAGGACAUGUGUAGCUGGAGCCGCGGCUUGCAGAUACGGUAUAAUGUGAGUCUGCUGGAGGAGUGGCUGCGGAGCCGUGGGCUGCAGGCAGGGGGAGCUGUAGCCCUGUUGGAGCCUCUCAUCCAGGCCGCUCAGCUCCUGCAAGUGGGCAAGAAGACAGACGCUGAUGCACAGGCCCUCGUUCACACCUGCACUGCCCUGUCCACCCAGCAGAUUGUGAAAAUUCUGACCCUGUACACCCCUCACAGUGACCUAGAGGAGAGGGUGACACUCAAUUUUAUCCGCACAGUGCAGGGUCUGCUGAAGCAGCGUCCGGGCGGUCAGCCUCCACAGCUGCUGAUGGACGUACGGCGUGUGUUCCCUGUCACCUUCCCGUACCUGCCGCCCCCGCCCGUCCGCGCUGACCAGCUGGACAUCCCAGACUCCCUCAAGAUCUCCUUCCUACGACGUCCUUAGAGGAAGCAGUAGUUAUUCACUGUGGAUUUCAGUCUUUUUUCAAGUGGAUUUCAGUCUUUUUUGAUUUCAGUCUUUUUCCUGCAGGCUAUACGGCAUAUUAAAGGAAUUGUAAGUAAAUAACAAAUGUGUAAUUUUUUUAUCAGGCAUUCUUUGAGUAGCAUAAGUAUGGGACUCUUAUUGCUACUCUUCCUGUGAGGGUUAUUGUGCUGUUAGAAUGGCCAUAUGGAUUUUUUCUCAUCUGUUUCAGAGUAUGGAUUUUGGACACAAAGAUUUCCUUAUCUGUACUAAUAUUACAGUAUUGCCUGUCUGCUGAUUUACAUUUCCCUAUUUGAUGCCUCCCACAUACCUCAGUGCCUACCUACAGUGAGGGAAACAAGUAUUUGAUCCCCUGCUGAUUUUGUACGUUUG